GCCAAUUCUUUCAGCAGUUAAGAAAAUUCUUCAACAUGGAGAAAUUGCAGCAAACUGUAUAUUUGAUUACCAGGAAGUUUAUAUAUCAGUUGAGGCAAACACUAGAUGCCAAGAAAAAGUAUUCUCUGAAUUUUACAAUUGCGAAUGGUGGAGUCAUGCACAACAACAUAUUCCUUUUGAAAAUAAGGUCUUGGCUAUAAUACUAUACUCAGAUGCAACUACACUUGACUAUUUAGAGAAAAGUUCACGGCACCCAAUAUAUAUCAGUUUGGAAAAUAUUCCAACAACUCUUCAUAAUAGAGCUGAGACAAAGGCACUUGUUGGUAUUAUAUCGAUAUUGAAAGGAACAAAAGAAAAAGAACAAACACCACAGUUUAGACAGUCACUUGCUGAACUAUAUGAGCAUGAUAAAGAAAGUAUUACUGAGAUCUUUGAAGGUUUAUGCCAUCUUGCUCCUGCAAUAAAUGACUAUUUUAAACUUGUACUAUCUAUGCGUGAAAUAAAUAUUGAGAAAUCAGAAGCAACUUUAAUAUUAUAUGAAUCUUUCAUAUUAUCUAAUGAAGAACAAGUAAGAGCUUUAAAAAAUUAUUACAAUACAUCGAUGUUUAGUGAUGUUGCUAUUCUUAUGGACUCAGAGCAAAAAUUUGAAGUUUUGUUAUUGAUUUGUAUUAUAUUUAAAAAUGCUUCAAUAUUUAAUCUAGCACUUGUUCAUUGCGAAAAAGACUCUUACGAUUUUGAAGAUGGGCAAAAUAAAGAUGCAUUGGUAUUUAAU